AUGUUUCAGCUUUGGAAACUUAUUCUCUUGUGUGGCCUGCUCACUGGGACCUCAGCGUCUCUUCUUGAGGAUAUCGGCAAUGAUGUUGUGAGCAAGCUGAAACCUGUUCUCGAUAAAGGACUUGAGACCGUUGACACUAUCCUUCAGAAAUUGAAGGCUGACUUGGAGGCGUUCCGGGAAUCCACAUCUUGGCAGGAGGCCCAGCAGAAGAUCCAGGAAGCUGAGAACUUGUUGGACAAAGUCCUUUCUAAAAUUUUUCAAGUAGUGGAAAAGGUUAUGGGGUUGAAAAUCAGUAACGUCCACAUCCUGGAUAUCAAAUCUGAAGUGACUCCUGAUGGCAAAGGCACUAGCCUGAGUAUCCCCAUCACCACGAAUGUCACCCUGACCCUGCCUCUGUUGGGUGAGCUUGUCGACCUGGGCCUCCAGACUAGUGUCAGCAUUGAAACUGAUGCCAAGACUGGUGUCUCCACAGUGAUCAUGGAAAAAUGCACCAACGAUCCAGCCAACAUCUCACUCACCUUCCCGGACAGCCCCGUUGGACUGGUCAAUGAAGCCGUGAACACUGUGGUCAAACUCAUGAGAAAGACAGUGUCCCUUGUGGUGCAGUAAGAGGUGAGUCCCCAACUCCUGCGGGCCCAGAGCCAGGCCUGCUGGGGGACAGGGGUGACAUUCCCUGGCCUGGCAGUGGGAGGAGGGGAGCAGGGGCCUGACAUUAGCUGA